AUGGGGCCACAAAAUGGGGGGGCAGGAGCACAGCCGCCGGCCGCCAUCUUGGCGCGGAGACUUCAUCUCCCAGGUGGCACCGCGCAGCUGGGAGGUGGUUUCCUCCGCCAUCUUGCCGUUCCCUCCCUCAGUGUGGCAGGAUUGAAUGAGCGCGCGGUUUACUCGUCCCGCGAAGCAAGCGCCAUGUCGGGCACCCCGAGCCGCGCCGCCGCUGGCGGGACCCCGCUCUCCCCCACUCGCAUCUCCCGGCUGCAAGAGAAGGAGGAGCUGCGGCAGCUCAAUGACCGCCUUGCCGUCUACAUCGACCGGGUGCGGGCGCUGGAGUUGGAGAACGACCGGUUACUGCUGAAGAUUUCCGAGAAGGAGGAGGUCACCACCCGGGAGGUGAGUGGAGUCAAGACCCUCUAUGAAUCUGAACUGGCUGAUGCCCGAAGAGUUCUGGAUGAGACGGCAAGAGAGAGGGCAAAACUGCAGAUUGAAAUAGGAAAGCUAAGAGCAGAACUUGAUGAGGUCAAUAAGAAGUAAGGAAACUGAACUUCAGUGUGUGUGUUUUGUGUGUGUGUGUUUUUUUCACUCCCAUUCAGAAUAAUGGGUAACAUUAGCACAUUUUAGACUAGAAGAUCAUAAUGGUGCCUUCUGACCUUAAAGUCUGAGAUUGGGAUUGAUGGAUGGUUUUCUAAAGUGGGCUAUAGCUUUACAAGAAGUUACGGGCUUGAUGCAGGAAUCACUUGGUGAAACUCUCUGUCCUCCUUUGUGCAGAAUUCUGAGCAGAUCAUCGUUGCCUCUCAUGGCAUUAAAAUCUGACCACUUUCUUUGAGUGCUUGCACAUAUCCAUUUCAAUGUAAAUGUGUGUGCACACCGAGCCCAGUUGCCGGAAAUUUUGUCCUCAGCGGUAUCUGUUGGAUUGGCUCUAACAUGCUCUGGUGUUGCAUGCUCAUAGCACCGAUAUAAGGGGCUCUGCCGACCUUGCUCUCCUUCAGUUCCUUCUUACAGCCUGUGAUGGUUGCUGGCAAUUUUCUUCUUUAAUGGUUUUCUAAUCUUUAAUGUAAAUAGUUCUCAUAGUUUUUAGUAGUUAAGGUAGGUUUACAUAGUUUGGACGCCUCCAUCCGUAGAUAGCAGACUUGUCCUUUGUCCCGGUGCUGAGACUUGCCUUCAUGCAGCAAGUCUAUGCCUUUGAACAGUCCUCACCCGUGCUGUCUCAGGUGUUUAGGGGAAACUCGUAGGAAGGACUGCUGCCAAAUUUGUAAAGAAUUCAAGCGCUGGAGCUAGAAGAACCACACUUCUCAUUUGA